AUGACAGACCUCCCCCAAAUCAUCCACCAAAUCCGCACCCAGCAGAUCCAACGCAUCGUCGUCCUCGUGGGCGCGGGCAUCUCCACCGCAGCGGGGAUCCCGGACUUCCGCACCCCGGGGUCGGGCCUCUACGACCAGCUGCAACCCCUCCGCCACCUCCUCCCCUACCCGGAGGCCCUCUUCAGCCUCAGCUACUUCAAGCACACGCCGGAGCCCUUCUACGCGAUCGCGCGGGCCCGCCACCCGCGCACCUUACGCCCAACCCGCACGCACGCCUUUCUGCUGUUACUGAGUCGCAAGAACCUGCUCCAUUUCCUGUUCACGCAGAAUGUUGACGGUUUGGAGGCGGAGGUGGGAAUUCCCGCGGAGAAAUUGCUGAAUGUGCACGGGAGCUGGCGCGCGGGCCAGCGGUGCUGGAAGUGUGGGGCGGCGUAUCCAGAUACAAAAAUGCGGGAGGCGGUUCGGACGGGCGCGGUGCCGUAUUGUCCAGUGGCUGAGUGUGAGGGGGGCGUGGUGAGGCCCGAUGUCGUGUUCUUUGGCGAGGAGAUCCCCCCCGAGUAUGCGGAGCGGGAGGCGCUGGUGCGCGAGGCGGAUCUUAUGUUGGUGCUGGGGACGAGUUUGAAAGUCGUGCCGUGUUCGCGAUUACCCCGGUUGGUGCGGGAGGGGGUGCCCCGGGUGUUGGUUAAUCGGGAGGCGGCGGGGGAUCUGGGGAAGAGGCCGGAGGAUGUGUGUGUGCUGGGGGAUUGUGAUGAUGGGGUGUGCGGGUUGGCGGAGGCGUUGGGGUGGAGGGAGGAGUUGGAGGAGGUGUGGAGGGAUGCAGUUAGAAGGGUGGAGGUGCCGUUGGAGCAGGAGGAUUGGGGGGAGGAGGUGAGUUUGGAGGUGCUCGUUGAGAAGUAUGCGAGGUCGGUGGCGGAUGCGAGGUUGGUGUUGGGGGGUCAUCGACGGAUGUUGGAGAGUCAUCUGGGGGAGAAGUUGGCGAGUAUUCGGGGCAGGGGUUAG